GGGUUUGACUCAUCCACCAGUGCACUAGUGGGUGGUAUUGACAGCCUGACCAAGUACUUUGUGGGGGAUGAGCUGGUUUCAUCCACACUGAACAAGUUCUCUCAUGCUCUAACUGAGCUUCAGAGUUUCCUAGUAAUUCUUUUAGAGCAAGCACAAACAUCAAUCGCAAGUACUCUGAGAACUUUUAUCAAAGAGGAAGUCAAGAAAGUUAAGGAGACAAAAAAGCUGUUUGACAGAGUCAGUGAUGAGUUGGAUAAUGCCUUGACAAGAAAUGCACAGCUUCCACAUCACUGUAAAGCCUCUGAGGCAGAGGAGGUUAAGAAUACAGUGACAGCUAAUCAAUCAUGUUUUAACCACACAGCACUGGACUAUGCCUUCCAGAUCAACAUUUUGCAGUCACGAAGAAGGAUUGAUGUUCUAGACACUAUUCUGAAGUUUAUGCAUGCCCAGUCAACUUAUUUUCACCAAGGCUAUGAUUUGAUGAAUGAUUUAGAUGCUUACAUGAAGAGGGUGUCAAACCAGUUGGAAGAGGUAUCAGUCCAGUAUACAGUUGACAAAAAGGAGAUGGAGGAAAGACAUACCUUGGUCCAGAAAAUGGAGGAGUGUGGAUGCAUAGGCAGAAGAAACCUAAAUGACCCAAGUGGUUUAGUAAUGGAAGGUUACCUAUUUAAAAAGAGCAGUAAUGCUUUUAGAAGUUGGCAUCGGCGAUAUUUCACAGUUCAGAAUAACCAACUGAUGUAUCAGAAGAGAUUAAAGGAUGACCAAACAGUACUAGUUGAGGAUCUUCGAUUGUGCAAAGUUAGACUUGCAGAGGAAACAGUGGAUAGAAGAUUUAUGUUUGAAGUUGUAUCACCAACAAAAUCAUGGUAUUUACAAGCAGAUAGCGACGCACUGCAAGUGGAAUGGAUGGAAGCUAUGCAGGCUAGUAUCAACCAGGCUUUCAAUAGCUCAACCAGUAUACAAAGUAACAGUGAUAAGAGUGAUUUACAAGGAUCAGGCAGUACAAUUAACAGUAUGGAUUCUCUCAACAGUGUUUCUGCACCAACAAGAAGUAAUCUUGAAGUUAUAAGAGCUGUGUCUGGUAAUGACAAGUGUGCAGACUGUGGCAGCCUUGAUCCAACUUGGGCAAGCACUAACAUGGGAAUUGUACUGUGCAUAGAAUGCUCAGGCAUUCACAGGAGUUUGGGUGUCCAUGUCUCAAAGGUUCGCUCAUUGACUCUUGAUGCAUGGGAACCAGAGCAAGUCAAGUUAAUGACAGAAUUGGGAAAUGAAUUGGUCAACGGAAUCCUUGAAGCUAAAGUCAAUUCCCAUACAAAGAAACCAACUCCUCAAAGUAGCAGGGGUGAAAGAGAGACUUGGAUCAACUUAAAAUAUGUACAACACAAGUUUGUUUCCCUGGAAACCUUUCUUAAAAACUGUCAAACUUUGGACAAAGGGAUCAUUAGGAAUCUUGCUAGAAUGAAAGUUCACCAUGAGGAAAGGGGCACACAUUUGGCUGUUGGGAGAACAGACUCCAAAAAAAGUAAACUUUUCAAAAGGAAGCUUGCCAUAAAGUCAAAGUCAAAGAUGGACAACCGAAAGAGUGCCCCUGCUGAAAUACUUUCAGUGGAUGUAACAAGUGAAGACUAUCAAAAAUUAGAAUGUGUUGCUUCAAAUUUACUCAACGAUGAGACUGCUAGCAGUGACUCACAUGAUGAGGACAGACCAGGAACUAGUGCACCAUCAACAUCAUGUCAAGACAGUGAGAGGCCACGGGCAGCCUCUACUGGAGCAGCUCUGUGUUGUGACAAGGAUAGAGACAGGAGAAAUUCAGUUGCUUCAACCAUUAGUGAAGAUGGUCUGACUCAAGAUACAACCAAUUGUGAAAGUGUGCAGAAUAAUGAUGAUGGUGAUAUGGAGAAAAGGCUGAAGGAGGACAAGGAGAAAGCAAUUGCUGUGUUCAAAAGAGUUCAUCCUAGUAGGUUACUUUUCAAGGCAGCAGAAUGGAAGAGUCUUCCACUUAUGGCAGCAUCACUUGCAGAAGGCGCAAAAGUGAACUGGGUAAACGAGGAAGAUGAAUGUAAAACAGCACUUCACCAGUCUGUUUUAGGGGGAUCAUUACCAGCUUGUGAGUUCCUUUUACAAAAUGGAGCUAAAAUAAACCAGAAGGACAAGAGGGGAAGAGGUGCACUUCAUCAUGCAGCACUUCUAGGGCAGACAGGUCCUAUACUCUUAUUCUUGAAGCGAGGAGGUAACCAGCAUGAUGUUGAUGAGAAUGGAGAGGACCCUCUAACAAUUGCGCUGAAACAGACAAAUGCAGAUAUUGUUACUCUACUAAGACUGGCAAGACUAAAUGAAGAAAUGAGAGAGGAUAAUGAGAUUGCCCAAGGUGAUGUUACAUUCACUGAUGUGUUCAGAGAUUUUUCCAAUAUGGCAUCCAGAGAACCAGACAGGCUAAAACGCAAGUUUGAUUCAAAUGGACCAAAUAGACAGACACAACUGUGAUGAAAAAAUCAAUUUGUUCCACUUUAAAUUGAAAACAAGUAUUUGAGGUCAUUUAACAUCAAAAUAUUUUGUAGCUCAAAAAUAGGCACACAAAUUCUUAUUUCAAAGAAACCAAUGUGAAUAUCCAUGCUAGGUUUGAUCUAACCACAAACACAAAAGGAGUCCAAUUGUAUAUCUAAUUUACGUUCAUGUUUUGUAGAUAAUUUAACCAAUGAGAUUAAUUUUUCACUUUGGAAAGUGUUUAGUAGGCAUGCAUUGUACUUGUAAUUCAACAAUACUGUACAAUUUUGUUUAAUAUAGGAAAACCGAACAGUACAAUUGAACAUAUUUUUAUUCAAAAGAAAUUUAAAAUUUUCCCCAUGAUAAUAACAGCAUCAUGUAGAAGUGAGAAUAGAAUCUUACUUUGAAAACUUGAGGAAAGAAAAAAUAACAGUAUGUCAUUAAAAAUUAUAAUGAAAUGAACUUUGCAAAGAAAAUUGAGUGGAAGGAAGGAAGGAAAUUAAUGUUUGAUAUUAGCCGACUGUAUGAAUACUAUGGUCACAGAGUCAAAGUACUACAUGAUUUCAUUGAUAUUAUUAUGUUCGGUUAUGAAAAAUUGUACAGAGUAGCUAGCAUUCAAUUAUGUAUUGUUGAAUUUGACCAGAUUAAGUAGCGCUCCAUUAUAUUGAUGAUAAGGAUUAAACAAAUAAAAAUCGACUUGUCUUUAAAGUCUGUUAA